CAAACAGCACUGCUGAGCAUUUUGAACUUCUGUGCAGAGCUUCGGCACCUCAGCCUGGGCAGCUGUGUGAUGAUUGAAGAUUAUGAUGUGAUAGCCAGCAUGAUAGGAGCCAAGUGUAAAAACCUCCGGACCCUGGAUCUGUGGAGAUGCAAGAAUAUUACAGAGAAUGGGAUAGCAGAGAAGGCUUCUGGGUGUGUGCUUCUUGAGGAACUGGACCUUGGCUGGUGCCCCACACUUCAGAGCAGCACUGGGUGCUUCACCAGACUGGCACGCCAGCUCCCAAACUUGCAGAAACUCUUUCUUACAGCUAACAGGUCUGUGUGUGACACAGAUAUAGAAGAACUGGCAUCUAACUGUACCAGAUUACAGCAACUGGAUAUAUUAGGAACAAGAAUGGUAAGUCCAGCGUCAUUGCGAAAGCUCCUGGAGUCUUGCAAAGAUCUUUCCCUCCUCGAUGUGUCCUUCUGUUCCCAGAUUGAUAACAGGGCUGUGUUAGAACUCAAUGCUAGCUUCCCGAAAGUGUUCAUAAAAAAGAGCUUUACUCAGUGACUUCAUAACUGUCCUGUCACUACAAUCAACAUGCUUGGGGGUGGGUGUUUAUUUGGGAGAUGGCUUUGUCUUUGUUUUGCUUAGUUUUUUAAAUAGUGAGAAUUAAGACAUUUGUAGAAUUUAAAGGAAAAUGUAAAAUUGCUCAUUAAAUCAAGUUAAAGUAUAAAGAAUGUAAAGAAUGUUCUUUAAAAUACUGCAGGCACUUUUCUUUAGGAAUGUGUGACUCGUGAUGUUAUUUUGAAUUAUGUUGGUCAGUGGUAUGCUUUAAUCAAUAAUUGUAUAUUAGAGGAAUAAUAUGGAAAUACUCUAAUUUAUUUUAAAGGAAUACUUUGAACAAUAAAAUAAUCAUAAUAUUUAUGAAAAAUAAAGUUGAUUUUGCACAUC